CAACGGGUGGGCUGAGCUGCGGCUGUGACAAAGUCAAAUAUAUCGUGGUGGCUGCCGCUUUUACGCAGAAAAUGAGAGCUUAGACUGGUCAUGCAGCUGUAGCCUACUUAAAACAGGCGAAAUUCUAAAAAGUGAUUAGGGUCAUUCUAGGAUUAUUACAUUUUGUUGAAGAAGUCUACAGUCAUGCAAAUAAGGAGUUGACAAAUGAGGAACACGGAUGAUAACGUUGUAGAGAAGGAAGACGCAGAGGUGAUGGAGGAACCGACACGAAACUAGACCAAAUCGAAUGAACAUGAAGAUUUUAUAUGAGGGGACCCAGGACGUGGUUUUAAUGCUUUAUGGAAUCUAAAUAACUUUUUUUUUUUUUUUACUACCAUGCAUAAGAGAUGGAUACGUCGGAGGCUGCCUGUCUUGAUAAUCACCUUCUUCAUCAUUCUUUACGUGGAUUUUCAAUUACGCACAAGCAGCCUUCCCAAAGUCAGUGUGGCUCACCAUCCUUCAUCCGGUGCGCUUCAACGCUCCAUCCAGCAGGCUCCCUCCCCGGCCAAGGACGCGCAGACUCCGGCUAGCUACAGUCGCAGCGGGGAUGGAGGACACCCGGCCCCUGAAGUUGCACAUGUAACCCAGCCGAAACUGAAGCUGGAAGACAUUUACAUCGCUGUGAAGACCACCGGGAGGUUCCACAAGACGCGCCUUGCGCUCCUUUUGGAGACGUGGAUCUCCAGAACCAAGGCGCAUACGUUCAUUUUCACAGACACGGAGGAUGAGGACUUAAGUUCAGAAGGUCUUAACAUGGUGGUAACAGGUUGUCAGUCAGAUCACAGCCAGCAGGCUUUGUCCUGCAAGAUGUCUGCGGAGUAUGACGGCUUCAUGGCGUCAGACAAGAGGUGGUUUUGUCAUGUGGAUGAUGAUAACUACGUGAACCCGGACGCCCUCCUCUCCCUGCUCUCGGCCUUCCCCCAGGACAGCGACAUUUACGUGGGCAAACCGAGCCUGAACAAGCCCAUCACUGCUCACGAACUGCUGGAGGGAAAUGCAACGAGGGAAGUGCAGUUCUGGUUUGCUACAGGAGGAGCAGGAUUCUGUCUGAGUCGGCGACUGGCGGAGAAGAUGUCUCCCUGGGCCAGCGGCUCCCGGUUCGAGCAAACGUCGGCGACGAUCCGUCUCCCUGACGACUGUACGGUGGGCUUCAUAGUGGAGAAGAGGCUGGGCCUCUCCAUGGUCCACUGUCCUUUAUUCCACUCCCACCUGGAAAACCUGCUGCUCAUCAGCCACAGGAGCAUACCACACCAGGUGACUCUGAGCUAUGGGAUGUUUGAGAACAAGAUGAACAGCAUUGAGGUUAAAGGAAGAUUCUCUAAGGAGGAAGACCCCUCCAGGUUUAAGACUGUCCACUGCAUGCUGUAUCCUUUCACCAGCUGGUGUCCUUGAACUCUUCAUAGAAGACUACAGCUUCCAAACACACAUGGAAUGAGACUGGUAAUCCUGCUGGAUAAAGAACAAUUUAAGAUGCAGACAAAGGAGCUGGAGAAUAAGAAAGUAGGAGUGAGACUUUGGACGACAGAGGACUCAACAGUAAAAAUCUGGUGACCCAGACCUGCUCUCUCUUAGUUCGCCUCCUGAACCUGCUUAUAAGAGUGAUCAGAUGGAUGCUCACGGAUGCAGAAAAUAGGAUAUUAACAGGAUCUUGACUAUGAACUGGAAAAGGCUUUCUCUUCUUCGCAUCUGUUUUACAAACAGAACAGAAAGAAAAUUGUGACCUUAUGCAUCUUUACUAUUAAAUGUUUUUGUUUGUUUGGAGGAUUUUAGUGAAGCACUUAAGAAAAGACACAACAGUUGUUUUGUUGACAAAAAUAAACAUGAAAUUGUAUAUAUUUCUGAAAUUUAGACAAAUUUAUGUUUACAUUGAUUUAAUUACAUUUAGACUUUUAAAGCUGGUGUGCACAUAAAGGGCCUGAAUUACAUUCAGGUGGUGCAGAGGUUGAAGUUGCUGAAUUUGUUUCUGUUUCCAUUGAUUUCGCAUGUGGCCUUCUCCGUGUGUGUGUGUUUGUAUGUGUUUGAGUGUGUGUUUUUAUGAAGGGGAUGGUGUCCUUGUGCCUAUGAAGUCUGCACACAACGAACUAUUCUGACCCACAUCUCCUUCCUUAUCCAAACCUCCUGUCCUCCCUCCCUCCUUUUCUCAGUUGCUCUCUUCUUCCCUCCACCCCUCCAUCUGUCUCCAUGUUUACUCAGUCUUUUCCACAAUUGCUGUGCUGGCUCCUCCAAGGCCAGGGCUGAAAGUAAAAUGAACUUACACUCACCCCCCUUUGCCUCAGUUGCAUUUAUUUAAUUUUUUAAAGCAAAUUAAAAAAGUGUGGAGAAAACCAGAACUGACACCUGAAACCUGCUCUCAAACAUGACCUAAAAAACUGGCUUACAUUUGCAGGCAAAUCUUGUCUAGCUGGACAGAUCAGGUUCAAAACGAGAGAACAAAUCUCACGUCUCGUGUAGAGAGUGACAGCGUGCUGCCGGCGGCCCCGCAGGUUGCUUAUUUGCUGUGAAUGGAGAUGUGAUGAAUGCAGAUACGCUGCCGAAUACAUCCGGGGCUGACCUUGUGUGAAGUGAAAGUGGUUGACAAUGUGUAGGAAUGUCUGUGUGGCCCUGACACAUCUCCACAAGAAUACUGAGACCCAUUAUGUGAAGUAAAUAACACGAGUGCUUGUAUGUAAGCUGAAAGUGUAAAAUCAAUUUGCUGCAGUGGUUACAGAAUGAAUUAUUUUUAUAUUCAUGCUUUCUAAAGUGUU